GCGAGCGGGUGGGAAGGGACGCGCGUGUGUGUUCUGGAGCACGUGUGAAGGCGGAGGCGCGGCAUUUGCUGCCCUUAAGCAAAGCAGGGAGGGGUGGAAGUCGGAAAAAAAGGGAAGGGGCGAAAGCAAGCCCAGAAGCCCCCCCUUGGUAGCUGUCAAAGAAUAAGGGCGAAGGGGGAGAAAGAGCUGCGGGGGGGUUCAGUGCGGGGAAAGGGGCCGGCUCCUUCCCUGGCUGAGCUGCCCGGACCUCUCCAAAGCACCCCCCGGGCCUACUCGCGAGUAGGGGCGCACGUGCCUUCUGUGCCUCCCCCCCCCUUCCCGCAAUCUCGACUCACCCGCAAUCCCUGCUUGUUGCGUUUUCCCAAGCCUCGCCGUGUCCGCCUCUCUGCUUUGUCUCCUUUCUCCCAACCCCCCCUCCUGCGCCACCCUCCUCGCGAGUAAAAGCCCUCCGCCGCGCCAUGGCCCACGAAACGUACCACUUCAUUAAAGACAUAAAGCCCGGACUGAAAAACCUCAAUGUCGUCUUUAUUGUGCUGGAGAUCGGGCGGGUCACCAAGACCAAAAACGGGCGCGAGGUGCGAUCCUGCAAAGUGGCUGACAAGACGGGCAGCGUCACCAUGUCGGUGUGGGACGAACUGGGGAGCCUCAUCCAGCCGGGCGACAUCAUCCGGCUGACCAAAGGGUACGCAUCUCUCUUCAAAGGAUGCCUUACGCUUUACACUGGAAGGGGGGGAGAUCUUCAUAAAAUCGGAGAGCUAGGCACGGUAGGAGGCAGCCCCAUUGCGAGCUUCCGCACUACUCUGGAGGAGCCAGCCUCUGCUAGGGGUGUAAAGGUUCUGCAUGGUGUAUUCCGAAGUGCCCAACUUUAGUGAGCC